CCCACUGACACCGCGGGCCCACCCGUCUCCUUCAUCAGUCUCAGAUCCGCGACGCGCUUCCCACUCCAGUCCCCCUCCCCUCCACUGCUCCGAUGGCCGGCGGCCGCGCGUUCCGGCCGUCGGCGCCGCGCCGCGCGGCGUUCGCGGCGCUCCUGACGCUGCUCCUGCUGGCGACGCUCUCGUUCCUCCUAUCCUCGCCGCCUCCGACGCACGCCUCGCACCGCUCCUCCUACCUCGGCGCAUCGCCGCCGUCCCGCCUCGCCGCCAUCCGACGCCACGCGGCGGACCACGCGGCGGUGCUGGCCGCGUACGCCGCGCACGCGCGGAGGCUCAAGGAGGCGUCGGCGGCGCAGUCGCUGUCCUUCGCCACGAUGUCGUCCGACCUGUCGGCGCUCUCGUCGCGCCUCGCCUCCCACCUCUCCCUCCCGGAGGACGCGGUGAAGCCCCUGGAGAAGGAGGCGCGCGACCGCAUCAAGCUCGCCCGCCUCCUCGCCGCCGACGCCAAGGAAGGGUUCGACACGCAGUCCAAGAUCCAGAAGCUCUCCGACACGGUGUUCGCCGUCGGCGAGCAUCUGGCCCGCGCCCGCCGCGCGGGCCGCAUGUCCUCCCGCAUCGCCGCGGGCUCCACCCCCAAGUCCCUCCACUGCCUCGCCAUGCGCCUCCUCGAGGCCCGCCUCGCCAAGCCCUCCGCCUUCGCCGACGACCCCGACCCGUCCCCGGAGUUCGACGACCCUUCGCUGUACCACUACGCCGUGUUCUCCGACAAUGUGCUCGCCGUCUCCGUCGUGGUGGCCUCCGCCGCGCGCGCCGCGGCCGACCCCUCGCGCCACGUCUUCCACGUGGUCACCGCGCCCAUGUACCUGCCGGCAUUCCGCGUCUGGUUCGCCCGCCGCCCGCCGCCGCUCGGCGUGCACGUCCAGCUCCUCGCCUACUCCGACUUCCCGUUCCUCAACGAGACCUCCUCGCCGGUGCUCAGGCAGAUCGAGGCCGGCAAGAGGGACGUGGCAUUGCUCGAUUACCUGAGGUUCUACCUCCCAGACAUGUUCCCGGCACUGCAGAGGGUGGUGCUCCUGGAGGAUGAUGUGGUGGUGCAGAAGGAUUUGGCUGGGCUCUGGCAUCUCGACUUGGAUGGGAAGGUGAAUGGUGCCGUCGAGAUGUGCUUCGGUGGAUUCAGGAGAUAUAGCAAGUAUCUCAACUUCACGCAGGCCAUCGUGCAGGAGCGGUUCGAUCCUGGCGCAUGUGCUUGGGCAUAUGGGGUCAAUGUGUAUGAUCUUGAGGCAUGGCGAAGGGAUGGCUGCACGGAGCUGUUCCAUCAGUACAUGGAAAUGAAUGAGGAUGGUGUGCUUUGGGAUCCCACAUCUGUUCUACCUGCUGGGCUGAUGACAUUCUAUGGCAAUACAAAGCCGCUUGACAAAUCAUGGCAUGUAAUGGGCCUUGGGUAUAAUCCAAGCAUCAGUCCUGAGGUUAUCGCUGGUGCUGCUGUGAUACAUUUUAAUGGGAAUAUGAAACCGUGGCUUGAUGUUGCGUUGAACCAGUACAAAGCUCUCUGGACCAAGUAUGUUGACACUGAAAUGGAAUUCCUGACACUAUGCAACUUUGGUCUAUGAAGGAAGUUAAAAAAAAUACUCCCAAUAAUGAGGAAACCACUGAUAUGCUGUUGUUUUACUGGCCAGGAGAAUUUUACGUGAGCGUUCUUUGUUAUCUGUAACAAAAUUUUCCUUUGUAGCAUUUUCUUACAACUGUGCUGGGCAGAAACUUGUAGAUUUUUCUUGCUGGUUUAUGAUAGUAUUGUUUCAUUAGCUAAACUGUACUGGACCAUCAUGGUGUAGAGUAAUAGAGUAUGUGGCAGUCUAUUGGAAGGAAACUAUAGCUGAAUGCUCCUGUAUUAUUUAUAGCAAACUUAUCUCCCAAUUGUAUCUAUCCAAAAAGGAGAAAGAGUUAUAUAUCCAGUGACAUUUUAUUUUGUCAAUGUUUCCCA